AAUGUGAUGAAAUUCAAAGCCAACUAACACGCUCUUUUUCUUUUUCUUUCUCUUUCUCCGUCACAAGACUAAAAAAAACCUCUUUCUUCUCUGUCUGAUUUUCUCUCCAAACCAAACCAGAGAGCGACCGGCGAGCAUUACCUCGCCGGAGAUUCGCCUCUAUUCUCACCGGAACGAUUGACUCCGUUGGAAUUCAUCAAUUCUGAUUAUUUUUGCACCGUCUCUUCGGAAAUGAACCUGUAAAAGCUUGAAUAAUUGAGGUUUUUGUUUUCAAGAUAUCUUUUAUAGCAAUGUGGAGGGAAUGAGGUUUUUGUUGGACUUUACAUCCUGAGAUCUCUUGUUUCUGAAUUCCUUGUAGACGAGAUUCAGUUUUGCGUUCUCUUUUUUGUUGUUGUUGUUGUUAUAAUCUCGAGUUUCUAGAUGAGGAUUUUGCUGAAUUUUGUGGUGGAACGAAGAUAAGAUUUUUUUUUUUUUUGGAGUUUUGUGCUGGUUUGGUUGUGUUCAAAUUGAAAAGAUGACGAUGAGUAGAGCCCAGCAAAGCUAGCAAGUGAGGAGCUUUUGUGUAAUCUUUCUCUUUCUAUAAUUUUUGGAUAUGCUAUAGGAUGCCUUUUGAAAUAAUGAAUCAGAGGGGUGUUACUGCUUCAUCUCACCUUUAUGAUGAUGUUUCCUAUGCUUCUGAGAAGAAUAUUGGAUUACGGAAGCCAAAAUCCAUUCAUGAUGAUUAUGCACAAGGAAAGAGUGAAAUUGCAGCUUCACCUGGAAGCAUUUUGCAUACUUCAUCAACCCUUGAAAGAAAUGCAAAAACAGGCUUGCCAAUGUCACAGACUAGUCUAUCUGGAGAAACUUCAGAAAACCUACACUUUGGUGGACAAGCUGGCAUUGUAGAUGCGCUGAAGGAUUCAAAAGAAUCGCUGAAUUAUCAUCCGAGAUCAUGGUCUGAUGUGCAUAGGCAGCCAGCAUCUAGCUCGUACGGUUUAAUUGGCAACAAGAUUGUCACCAAUGCAGGCCCACGUGAAAGCAGUCUAUUCUCAAGCUCACUCUCCGAUAUGUUUAGCCAAAAGUUGAGGUUGUUGGGAAAUGGUGUUCUGUCUGAUCAGAACAUAACUGCUGGUCUUCUUCCCGAGGAAGAACCGUACAAAUCUCUUGAAGAAAUUGAGGCUGACACCAUAGGGGAUCUCCUUCCUGAUGAAGAUGAUCUGUUUUCCGGUGUCAAUGAUGAAUUAGGAAGCAGUGUUCCUGCCAGAGCAAAUGAUGAUUUUGAAGAUUUGUUCAGCAGUGGUGGAGGCAUGGAGUUGGAAGGUGAUGAACUUCUAGUUUCAGGAAAAAGAAUCAAUGGCUUGGAUGGAGAUCCUGCUUACUUUGGGGGUUCUAAUGGCAAAAGUCCUUUUGGCGAACAAUCUUCUAGAACACUUUUUGUUAGAAACGUUACUAGCAAUGUUGAAGACUCGGAGCUAAAGGCUCUCUUUGAGCAAUAUGGAGAUAUCCGAGCCAUUUAUACUGCCUCCAAGCAUCGUGGCUUUGUUAUGGUUUCUUAUUAUGACCUAAGGGCAGCACAAAAUGCAAUGAAAGCACUUCAAAAUAGGUCAUUUAAUUCUAGGAAACUGGAUAUACAUUAUUCAAUUCCAAAGGGAAAUGCUUCAGAGAAGGAUAUUGGCCAUGGCACACUGAUGAUAUCUGGUCUUGAUCCAUCUGUUUUAAAAGAUGAACUAAAACAUAUUUUUGGGUUUUAUGGAGAAAUCAAAGAAAUCUAUGAAUACUCAGAAAUGAAUCAUAUCAAAUAUAUUGAAUUUUAUGAUGUUCGAGGCGCAGAAGCUUCUCUUCGUUCAUUGAAUGGGAUCUGCAUUGCUGGGAAGCACAUCAAGCUUGAACCUGGCCAUCCUAAGAUUGCAACAUGUAUGAUGCAGCCAUCUCAAAAGGGACCAGAUGAACCUGAUAUUGGUCAUAAUCUCAAUGACAUCCUAUUCUUAAGACAAAAGGGAGUGUCUUCUGGAGUUAUUGCAUCUGGUGGAAGCUUGGAAAAUGGAUAUAAUCAAAGAUUUCAUUCUCCAUCACAGCUGCCUUUGAAUGCUUUUAUUGAUGACAAAAUUUUUCACAGUAUUUCCAACACCACAAGAGGGGCAUCUGCUGUUCCAAGAUUCCACCCUCAUUCUUUGCCUGAGUAUUUUGAUGGCCUGGCUAAUGGUAGUCCUUACAAUUUGUCAAACACCAUUAAAAUGGCCGCCAAUAUUGGAACUGGAUCCACAGAAGCAUCUGAUGGCAGGCACAUUCAGGGAAUGAGCUCAACUGGGAACUUAGCAGAUUUUAAUGCCGGCGGAAAUGGGAGUCUUCCCCAUCACCACCAGCUUUAUCAUAUGUGGAAUGGCUCAAACUUGCGUCAGCAAUCUCCAUCAAAUGCUGUGGUUUGGCAGAAAACACCAUCUUUUGUUAAUGGUGCUUGUGCUCCAGGUCUUCCACAGAUGCCUAGUUUUGCCAGGUCACCGGCUCAUGUUCUGAGGGCAUCACAUGUAGACCACCAUGUUGGAUCAGCACCAGUUGUUACAGGAUCACCCUGGGAAAGACAACAUUCUUACUUGGGAGAGUCUCCUGAUGCUCCUGGUUUUAGAUUGGGUUCUCUGGGAAAUGCAGGUUUUCCUGGUAGCUGGCAGUUGCAUCCUCCAGAUCUUUCUAGCAACAUGUUUUCUCAUGUUCGUGGGAAUGUUAACGAUUUGACAUCCAGUGUCGGGCAGGGUUCUCCUAAACAGUUGUCACAUGUCUUCCCUGGGAGACUUCCCAUGACUUCAAUGUCAAAAUUUGAUUCCACUAAUGAACGAAUGAGAAACCUCUAUCAUCGCAGAAGUGAAGCAAACAAUAACCAUGCUGAUAAGAAACAAUUUGAACUCGACCUAGGCCGCAUAUUGCGCGGGGAAGACAACCGAACAACUCUUAUGAUAAAAAAUAUUCCUAACAAGUAUACUUCAAAGAUGCUUCUUACAGCCAUAGAUGAGAGUUGUCGGGGAGCUUAUGAUUUUCUGUAUUUGCCAAUUGAUUUUAAGAACAAGUGUAAUGUUGGCUAUGCAUUCAUCAAUAUGAUUGAGCCUGCCCAAAUCGUUCCAUUCCACCAGGCUUUUAAUGGGAAAAAAUGGGAGAAGUUUAACAGUGAAAAGGUAGCUGUGCUUGCAUAUGCUCGAAUUCAAGGAAAAUCUGCUCUUAUCGCUCAUUUCCAGAAUUCAAGCCUGAUGAAUGAAGAUAAACGUUGUCGUCCUAUUCUAUUCCAUACAGAUGGUCCAAAUGCUGGUGAUCCGGAGCCUUUCCCCUUGGGUGCCAAUAUUAGAGUAAGGCCCGGAAAAUUACGUAAUAGCAUCAACGAGGAAAACCGUAUUCAAGGGAAUUCUUCAUCUUUGGCAAGUGCUGAGGAGUUUGCUAGCGGAAUAGAUUCUUCACCGAGUUCUUCAAGAGACACUGACUGAUUUAGCCUCAAGCACUAACAGAUCAACGCUGCAUACCUUGUCAACUCCAUCAUUGUAUAUUUACAUUUACUUUGUGUGUGUGUGUGAGGGAGAAGAGUUGGAGCAGCCGAUAGGAAAGAGGGGCUCGCAAUUUUGGCCUUAUAGAGGAGCCUUGAAAAAGAUUUUGAAGGUUGAGGUACAUAACCAGAAUGAAGUCAAAGAUUCUAGUAUUUUAUUUGUUUACCUAAAUUUUUGCGAGGAACCAUUCUACCAUCUUACAAGUUUAGAGAGACUGGCUUAACUGAAGCUUAAAAUUUUGGCUAUAGCUUUGAAUGCACAAUUUGCAGUUCCCUUGAGAUAUAGUGCACAUCAUUGUGUAUUACAAGGGUGCUUUGCUCAUUUUGUUUUCAUUAUUGUUAUUUCUGAUGUUCAUAUGUAAUUUUGUUACCUUAUAUUCCCCCGGCAUUGUCGUCUUUAUAGGAAUUUUGUCUAUAUACUAUGAUUGUUGAUGGAAGUUGUUUAAUUGGAAUUUUCAUUUAGAUCCGUA